CCUGCGUCUCCGUCUCCGUCUCUCUGUCCGUCUUCAUCCUGAGGCUGCUCCCCGAGGGACUCGAACCCGGCUCCUGCCCAUCCCUCCUGACUCUGCUCCGGGUGUGACGCCAUGGCAGCCCUGAAGGAAAAGAGGACCUGCGGUCAGCGAUGUCACGACUUCGGCCGCUUCGUCUGGAACCCCGAUGACCAGACCUUCAUGGGGAGAACUCCGGAGAAGUGGGUGUACAUCAGUCUGUACUACGUGGCCUUCUAUGUGGUGAUGACGUGUCUCUUCUCCUUGGCCAUCUACGUGAUGAUGUACACGCUCUCUCCCUACGCUCCGGACUAUCAGGACCGGUUAUCAUCGCCAGGGGUGAUGGUGUGGCCAGACAAGUAUGGAGAGGAUGAUGUGGAGAUCACCUUCAACAUGUCAGACAAGAAGAGCUGGAGCAAAAUGUCCAAUUGUUUGGAGCAAUUCCUGAGGCCCUAUAAUACGACCAAGCAGGAGCACUGUAACAGCCACCCCUGCAUCCAGGGCAAAUACUUCUUCCAGCACGAGUACUCCGCUCCACACCACACAAAAUGGUCCUGCGCGUUCACCCAGGACAUGCUGGGAAACUGCUCAGGGCUCGAGGACAAAACCUUCGGCUACUCCGACGGAAACCCCUGCGUGAUCAUCAAGAUGAACAGAGUCAUUAACUUUUUGCCCGGAAAUGGGACAGGAAUGGCCCCAUACGUCAACUGCACUGUGCUGGAAGGAAACGAGAAUGUGAAACACAUGGAUUAUUUCCCUACAAACGGCACCUUUGACCUCUCCUACUUCCCCUACUACGGCAGGAAGGCCCAGCCCACCUACGUCAACCCCCUGGUGGCGGUGAAGUUCCACAUGGUGCAGAAACGGAAGGCCAAGAUUCAGUGCAGAGUGGUGGCCGACAACAUCGCCUACCAGAACAUCCACGACCCGUACGAGGGCAAAGUGAUGUUUUAUCUCACGGUGCUGUAAGAUUUCCAGCGUAGCCCAGCAGAACCAGAACCAUCAGGGCGGUAAUGUGGGCCUCUCGGUUUGGAGAUGAUUAGGUUUAGUUAGCAGGUCAACAGGCGGUGGU